AUGGAACGAUCUUCUUUUAGCUCACGACGAUAUGAUGAACCAGAGUUUAAUUUGAGAGAGUGGGGUCUCAAGGCUCGAAUUAGCCGCGAAAACACUACUUCGAGAAGAUAUUCAGCAUCAUAUAUCAGAAGUUUUAGAGAAGAUGCAAGGUCUUUUAGAUCAAACAUAACCAUUUCUAGCACUGCAUCCUCUCCAGGCUAUUCCUUUAAAGAUGAGAUUGACCCUUCAACAUACUCAUUCACUACAGCUCUUAAAGCAUUGCAGGCAAAGACAGUGUAUGGUAGCUUGUCACCGGACGGGUUUGCUUUAAACUCCAAGUGGAAUGAAGCAGAGAAGUACAUUUGCAACCCUCUUUCAGGAGAGUAUCCGAUGGAAUGUUUGUCUGCAAAAACACUAAGUGGAAGGUCAUUUCGCGACUUAACAAACAGAAUCACCAUGUCUGCUCCACUUGUUUACUCCCAUUCAUGCCAUAUCCAAACGAAGCCUCCCAGGACAAUUCCAGAAUACAUAACUCAGUUUCCAAUUCCAGGUUUGAAAUCUCAUAUUUCCUUGUUGCUUUGUUUUCAUGCACCUGAAGAACUUAUUUCAAGUUGGCUUUUAUUGCAUCUGUUUGCAGAAAAGAAAGCAGAGAGCAUGACUAGAGAUGUGGGAACUCAAAGUACACCACCUGAUCUUAGUUCUGGUAGUCUUAGCCCUUCUUCAACCCCUUCAAUCAUAGAGAGAGCAUUGAAGCGAUGCGGAACAGAAAACGAAGAUUCUCCUAACUUUAAAACAAACUCAAAGGCUGAGGAACAGAUUGAUUCUACACAGCUAGGAUUACCUCGAUAG